AUGUAUCUAUCUAUUCAGUCUUUUACAUAUCCCAUCCAUCUAUGUAUCUAUCUAUUCAGUCUUUUACAUAUCCCAUCUAUCUAUUUUAUCUAUCUAUUCAGUCUUUACAUAUCCCCAUUCAUCUAUCUAUCUAUUCAGUCUACACAUCCCAUCCUUCAUCUAUCUAUUCAUUAUUCAGUCCUUUACAUAUCCCAUCUAUUCAUGUAUCUAUUCAGUCUUUACAUAUCCUAUCUAUCUAUCUAUCUAUCUAUUCAGUCUUUAUAUCUAUCUAUCUAUCUAUGUAUCUAUCUAUUCAGUCUUUACAUAUCCUAUCUAUCUAUCUAUCUAUCUAUCUAUCUAUCUAUUCAGUCUUUACAUAUCCUAUCUAUCUAUCUAUCUAUCUAUUCAGUCUUUACAUAUCCUAUCUAUCUAUGUAUCUAUCUAUUCAGUCUUUACAUAUCCUAUCUAUUCAUUCAUCUAUCCCAUCAUCCAUCUAUUCAGUCAUCUGAUCAUAUCCCACAUAUCCCAUUCAUCUAUCUAUCCAUUCAGUCUUUCAUAUUCCCAUUCAUCCCAUGUAUCAUCUAUUCAGUCUUACAUAUCCAUAUCUAUCUAUCUAUUCAUCUAUAUCCAUCUAUCUAUCUAUCCAUCUAUCUAUCUAUUCAUUCUUUUACAUCCAUCCAUCCAUUCAUUCAUCUAUCUAUCUAUCCAUUCAUCAUCUAUCCCAUCCAUCUAUCUAUUCAGUCUUUACAUAUCCCAUUGUAUUCAUCCAUCCAUCUAUCUAGUCUAUCACAUAUCUAUUCAGUCAUUUAUCCAUCUAUCUAUCUAUCAUCCAUUCAUCUAUUCAGUCUUUUACAUAUCCCAUUCAGUUUUUCCAUCAUCCAUUCAUUCAUCUAUCUAUCUAUUCAUCUAUUCAGUCUUUACAUAUCCCAUAUCUAUCUAUCUAUCUAUCUAUCUAUUAUCCCAUUCAUCUAUCUAUUCAUCCAUUCAUCUAUCAUAUCUAUUCAGUCUUUACAUAUCCCAUUCAUCUAUCUAUCUAUCUAUCUAUCUAUCUAUUCACAUCCUUAUCUAUCCCAUCUAUCCAUCUAUUCAGUCUUUACAUAUCCCAUCCAUCUAUCUAUCUAUCUAUCUAUCUAUUCAGUCUUUACAUAUCCUAUCUAUCUAUCUAUCUAUCUAUUCAGUCAUUUAUCCAUCCCAUCCAUCUAUCCUAUCUAUUCAGUCUUUUACUAUCCCAUUCAUUCAUCUAUCUAUCUAUCUAUUCAGUCUUUACAUAUCCCAUCUAUUAUGUAUUCAUCUAUUCAGUCUUUACAUAUCCUAUCUAUAUAUCUAUCUAUCUAUUCAGUCUUUACAUAUCCCACCUAUCUAUCUAUCUAUCUAUUCAGUCUUUACAUAUCCCAUCUAUCUAUCUAUCUAUCUAUUCAGUCUUUACAUAUCCCAUUCAUUCAUCUAUCUAUUCAGUCUUUUACAUAUCCCAUUCAUUCAUCCAUCUAUGUAUCCAUCUAUUCAGUCUUUUUUACAUAUCCCAUCCAUCUAUCUAUCUAUCUAUUCAUCUAUCCAUCAUCUAUUCAUCUAUUCACAUAUCCUAUCUAUUCAUCUAUUCAGUCUUUUACACAUCCCAUCCAUCCAUCCAUCCAUCUAUCUAUUCUAUCAUCUAUCCACAUCCCAUCCCAUCCCCCAUCCAUCUAUUCAGCCCUUACAUAUCCCAUCCAUCUAUCCAUCCAUCCAUCCAUCCAUCCAUCCAUCCAUCCAUCCAUCCAUCUAUCCAGUCCAUCAUAUCCCAUCCAUCCAUCCAUCCAUCUAUUCAUCAUUUAUCUAUCCAUCCAUCUAUCUAUCUAUCAUCAUUCAUCCAUCUAUUCAUCUUUACCAUCCAUCCAUUCAUCUAUUCAGUCUUUACAUAUCCCAUCCAUUCAUCUAUCUAUCUAUCAUAUAUCCAUCUAUUAUCUAUCCAGUCAUUCAUCCCAUCUAUCUACCCAUUCAUUCAUCUAUUCAGUCUUUACAUAUCCCAUUCAUCUAUCUAUCUAUCUAUUCAUCUAUCUAUUCAUCUAUUCAGUCUUUAUAUCUAUCCAUCUAUCUAUUCAUCUAUCUAUCUAUCUAUCUAUCUAUCUAUCUAUCUAUCUAUCUAUCUAUCUAGUAUCUAUCUAUCAGUCUGUACAUAUCCUAUCUAUCUAUCUAUCUAUCUGA